UUCUUCUUCUUCUUCUCUUUUAAGUUGCAGUUGCAGUCACAGUCUCACUGGGGAGAAAGCCCGUCACUCUUAAUCACCCACAUCUCAUCUUUUCCGAUUCCUGUAAUCUGAAUUCAGAAGCUAACUAAGGACUCGUGAGGCUGCAGGUUAUACCAAGUGGAAUCAACUUACAUUAGUUAGAACUUGUCUGGACUUGAAUGCAACAGAAAGCAGCAUGGUUGCACUUCAAAAAGAAAAAUAAAAUUCAAUGGAAGAACCACAGACUUCAUUUCUUCCUUCCUUUCUACGUCAACCUGUUGCUUCUCACAACAGUGCCACACUUGGCACAAAUGGGCCCAUGAAUCCUCCUCCCUUUCAGGGUUUUGGUUAUCCAGGCAUUAAAAAGAGAGGCCAUGGAAGUCGUUCAUGGAUAAAGAUAGAUCAAAACGGAAACUCAAAGAUUCUGGACCUUGAUAAGGCCACCCUAAUGAGACGUUGUUCACUGCCUUCCAGAGAUCUACGGCUUUUGGAUCCUUUAUUCAUUUAUCCUUCGACAAUAUUAGGUCGUGAAAAGGCAAUUGUGGUCAGUCUCGAACAGAUUAGAUGCAUAAUCACAGCUGAUGAGGUUAUCCUGAUGAAUUCCUUGGACAGCUCUGUUGUGCAAUAUGAGUCAGAACUCUGCAAACGUCUUGAGAUGAACAAAGAUCAAAAUGAUGAUCUGCCUUUCGAAUUCAGGGCACUGGAGCUGGCUUUGGAGCUGACGUGCAUGUCUCUUGAUGCUCAGGCAAAGGAACUGGAAUUGGACGUAUAUCCAGUACUAGAUGAGCUUGCAUCAUCCAUCAACACUAUAAAACUAGAACGUGUCCGGAGACUCAAGGGCAAUCUCCUUGCAUUGACUCACCGAGUUCAGAAGGUUCGUAAUGAAAUAGAGCAGCUCAUGGAUGAUGAUGGGGACAUGGCUGAGAUGUACCUGACUAUGAAGAAAGAAAGAAUGGAAGCUUACUCCACAUCUGAACAAUAUUUCCAAAAUAACAUUUUAGCUGGAUCUGAGAUGGUGUCAAAAUCUGCUCCUGUUUCACCUGUUGGUUCAGUAACUGGGACUAAUAAACUGGAAAAGGCCUUGAGCAGCGCUUUGAGUUCAAGUAAAAACGGAAGCUUAAUCGGGUCAUCUAAUAAUGGAGAAAACAUUGUAGAGCUUGAAAUGUUGCUCGAAGCAUAUUUUGUUGUUAUUGACAACACCUUCAGUAAGCUUUUUUCGCUGAAAGAAUACAUAGAUGACACUGAAGAUUUCAUCAACAUUAAACUGGGAAAUGUUCAGAACCAGCUUAUAAAAUUUGAGUUGCUCCUGACAGCGGCUACUUUUGUUACUGCAAUUUUUGCUGUCGUGACUGGAGUUUUUGGGAUGAACUUCCAACCUGAUAUCUUCAAUUACCCAUCUGCCUUCAACUGGGUCUUGAUUAUAACUGGAAUUGCAUGUGGGAUUAUAUACAUAUGUUUCUUGUUGUAUUUCAAACACAAGAGAGUAUUGUAAGCAAAUAUUUUUUAGUGGGAAAAGAAAUGCAUUUAUAAUUCCAUUGGCAUUUUUAAGACU